AUGGCUGAAGGUGCUACGGAGACUGCUCAAGGAUUUCCUGAACGGGCGUCAGCCUCGCCCAGCGUCCCCUUCUCGUCUCCUUCGACUUCAUCAGUCGAAUCCUCCAGCACCACGAAGAAGGCGAGGAAACCCCGGAUAGUGCUGGAGGGGACAGCUCAGGAGAUUUUGAAGCGGAACAACACGGCGGCGAGCCGGACUUUCAACUGGAACCGCUUUUACACGAACCAUGCCGCAGCGGGACCGUUCUUCAAGGAUCGGCAUUGGCUUGACAGGGAGUGGGAAGAGCUAAAGGAAUUGGGUGGACCAGCGGAUGGCGCUAUAGACGCUUAUGAGCGACCAAGCGGGACGAAAAAGACGAUGCUCGAAGUCGGCUGCGGGACAGGCGCGACGAUCUACCCUCUCCUCGAGCGAUAUCCUCGCGCGAGAUUCGUAGCGUUCGACUUUGCGAAGAAGGCAGUCGAACUCACCAAGAGCCAUGCGAGCUACGAUCCUGCACAUACCCAUAUCUUCCAGCACGACUUGACGAAACCGCUCGACGACCUGUACACAAAGCUCGACGAUGUACCGCCAGAAUUCGGCCCAGCAGUACGACAAUUCGACAUCGUCAGCUGUGUGUUCGUGCUGUCGGCGUUGGCGCCGCGGUGUCAAGCGAAGGCGAUGGAGACCCUACUCGCACUCGUCGCCCCUGGCGGCUCGCUCCUCUUCCGAGACUACGCCCUCCACGAUGCCGCACAACUCCGCUUCCACUCCCUCCCUUCCGCUUCAUAUGCGUCAAACCCGUCCCUUCUCUCACGACAAACCGAACCCUCCGCUUCACCCGACCAGUCCGCACCUCCCGAUCCCACGUUCGACGACUCCAACCGACCCUUCUACCGACGUGGCGACAACACCCUCACCUACUUCUUCACGGCGGCGGAGAUCCAGUCCUACGUUGACGAGGCGGCUCGCGUGCUGGACAUCGAGAUUGAGGGUACGUGCGAGGUGGUUGAGCGCGAGAUGGAGAAUAGGAAGGAGCAGUGGGGGUGUACGAGGCGGUUCGUGCAUGCGAGCUGGCGGAGAGUGAGGUAG